AUGAGCAACAUUGGAGGCUCGCCUGAUCACAACACCGCGUUCCUCGCGGCAGCUACACGCAAGUGUACUGGGGUCCCGGGGACUGGGUUCAACCCGUUCUACAACUGCAUCCCCAUGGUCGUCCCCGUCAACCCGACCUAUGCGGGAAUCAUCAUCAGGAGGAAGGUCGUGUGCCAGUUCUGCGGCGAGUUCAUGUGGUUUGCAGCGACAAAGACGGAACUGUUAGCUGAAAAGCAGCAGCAGCAGUGA